AUGGAGUUCCACGCUAUUGUUCUUUGUGGCAGAGGGGCCAAGCUCUCUCCCUUUUCCACUGCUCAUCCCUCUGGUAUGCCCAAGGCCUUGCUUCCCAUUUUCAAUAAACCAAUGGUCCAGCAUGUUCUCGAAUGGUGUGAUAAUUCUCCAUUCAAAGAUAUAUCUUUGGUCGUUGAUGCCUCCUCGAAGGAUCUGCUUCAGGAAUUCUUGAAUAACUACGAGUCGAAUAUCCGUAACAAGCAGAUCUUAAGUUUUGUUAACAAAAUCAAUAUUGUUUCCAUAAAUGCAAAGACGACUGGCGAGAUCUUGGCCAGCUUGAUCAAUUUGAACAAAAUCAAUUCAGAUUUUGCUAUAUUGCCUUGCGAUUUCAUAACUGACUUGCCUGCUCAGGUUUUAAUUGAACAGUUCAGAAUCAGAGAUGUUCAGGAUGUAUCCAUGUGUUGUUUUUAUAACAAUAGUCUAUCCAAUAUUCCAACUCAUUCAAAUAACUUUAAAAAUUACUAUACCCUUUACGAGUCCCAAAAUAAUCACAACAACAGCAAUGCUGUAAAUGAUUACGAUUAUUACCAGAAUGAUUCUCAUUUGGUUGAUUUGAUUACAAAUGAAUCAAUUGAAAUCUCAAAAUUUUUGCAAAUAAGAACUCAAAUGUUAUGGAGAUUUCCCAAUAUUGAAGUAUCAAAAAACUUAUUAAACAGUUUUAUUUUCUUCAACUCAUUGGAACUAGUCAACAUUUUGAAACAUUCAAUCACAGUCAAGAAAUACAAAAUUAAUGAAAAAUCAAUAACAACGAUUUUCCAGGAUUUAGCUAAAAGGUCUUGGAAGCAUAAAAAGCCCCUAGAAAAGAUAAACUUGUUUAUACUUCCAAAACAAUCAACGUUCAUAAGAUCAAAUACUCUACAGUUAUAUCUAGAAUCAAAUAGGUGGCUUAUGAAGGAAAAUCUAUUAAAAAAUCCUUCCAUUCGUAACCAGUUGCAAUCCCAAGCUCAAAAACAAAAAGAAAAGGGUGCCCCCACCAUUGGAGUUGAUUCUCUAUUGGGCCAAAAUACAACCGUUGAUAAAAUGUCUACUAUAAAGAAAACUAUUAUCGGUGAUAAUUGUCAAAUUGGCAAAAAAUGUAGAUUAAAUGGUUCUUUAGUAUUUAAUAAUGUCAUAAUUGGUGAUAAUGUUAUUUUGGAAAAUUCCAUUGUCGGGCAUAAUGUUAUAUUAGAAUCUAACGGCAAAUAUCUUUCCGCUAAUAUUGAAAAUAACUUUUCAAAGAAAAAUGAUGAAGAAUCUGAUCCUGAGAUUUAUUCCGAUUCAGGUGAUGAUAAAUGA